CACCAGAGCGCGCUGAGAGACAGCUCGAGCCCUCAGCUCACUCUCGCCUCCAUCUUGCAGAGUCACCCCCCGCCUCCGCCAGACAUGUCGUGCUACAGCCCGUGCCAGACAGCCGCCUGCGGCCCAGCCCCGCUUGCCAACAGCUGCAACGAGCCGUGUGUCCUUCGUUGUGCCGACUCCAGCGUUGCGAUCCAGCCCCCACCAGUCGUGGUGACGCUGCCGGGCCCAAUCCUCAGCUCCUUCCCUCAGAGCACAGCCGUGGGAUCCACAGCGUCCGCUGCCGUGGGGAGCUCUCUCAGCGCUGGCAGUGUGCCCAUCGGUGCUGGGGGCUCCCUGGGCCUGGGGGGCUUUGGGUGGUCAGGGCUGGGCCGUGGGCUCUGUGGGACUCUGGGACGUGGCAAUCUCUUCUGCUAAAGCCCAUGGAUCACCUGCCUGUGCAUGA